AUGCAGCACGACGAAGUGAUCUGGGGCGUCAUCUCCAAGCAGUUCUGCUCGUUCAAGAGCAAACUGCCAGGGACAGGCAACAUGUUCUGCAGUAACCCGUACAACGUGACGGGUCUGUGCAAUCGGACGGCGUGUCCAUUGGCCAAUAGUCGCUACGCCACGAUCCGCGAGGAGAACGGCGUGUGUUUUCUCUACAUGAAGACGAUCGAGCGUGCGCAUACGCCGAACCGGUUGUGGGAGCGCGUCAAGCUCAGUAGGAACUACACCAAGUCACUGGCACAGAUUGACGAGCAGCUGCAGUUCUGGCCCAAGAAACUCGUGCACAAGAACAAGCAGCGACUGACGAAGAUUCAUCAGUAUUUGAUGCGGAUGCGCAAGCUCACGCUCAAGACGAAGCCGAAGCUAGUGGUGAUUAACAAGAAGAUUGAGCGUCGUGAGAAGCGUCGAGAGAAGAAGGCGAUGGUGGCUGCCAAGCUUGACAAUUCGAUUGAAAAAGAGCUGCUCGAGCGGCUGCAAAAGGGCACGUAUGGUGACAUUUACAACUUUCCUGAACGUGAGUUCUCCAAGGUGCUCGAGAGCAAGGGCAAGCGCCAGACCAUGGAGGAAGAAAGCGAAGACGAGGUCGAGUACGAGCUUGAUGGCAACGACGAUGAAACUGAGGACGAGGACGUUGGCCAGGUUGAGUACGUGGAGGAUUUCGAGGAAGAUGAGAGCGAUCUCGAGGAUCUGGCCGACGAGUUUGCCGUCGACGACGACGGAGAGAGUGACGCUACCGAUAGCGAAGAUGAAGCCGCAGCAAAGUGUAAGAAGCGCAAGACAAUUGCGAUGUCAAAGAAGACGGACAAGAAGCAGAAGAAGGCCAGUGGCCCGUAUGUUGAGAUUGAGUACGAACAGGAGCAGGAGACGGCCAGUGGAGAUCAGGACUGGUAG